AUGGGAAAUAACUAAUCUUAAAAGAACUAAACGAAAUCUAAAAAGAAGGACCCUCUUCUUUUUUUGUUUGGGAAUAACAAAAAGCAAAUUAUUUUCUCUAAGUUAUCAUUGAAAACAUUGUCUUUAUUAACCAGUUUUUUGACGAUUUAAGAGUACCAUAAUAUUUUGUUAACUUCAAAAGCAACCUACUAAUUGUUUAUACAGACAUCAGGUUGUUUUCAAAUAGAAUGCUAAAGACUUUUAAAUGUUAAGGGAGAUCUAAUAAUAUCAUAAAAUUGGAAAAAAAUCAUCUAAAGCAUUGUGUUCAUUCCAAUUAGAGGAAUACCUUUUAGUGAUGCAAUAAAAAGUGUUCGACACCAAAUAAAGCAAAUUCCAAUAAUAAUAGAACAAAAAGUUUAUUAUAGCGGAUUUUAGAAAGCCAUUCUAUAUUUUUAAAACAAAUCAAAUGAUUAAAAGUUUUCAUUUAAUGAAUAUUAAGAAUCCAUAGAAUUUGCCAAUAAAAAUUCAGAUUUAAUUUUGAAGCUUAGGCAAGGAUUGGAAGUAUAUAUAUAAUUACCACAAUUGUUGAUGUAGAUUUACAAUUUGCAUGAUUAUAUAAAAAUAUAUAGUCUUUAUUUGGAAAUCAAAUUUUAAAAAUGUAAUCUGUAAUAGUUUAUUGAACUUUGGCAUCAUUAUGCAGGAUGGAUAAGUAUAUUGGAAUAAGAAACAGCACGUUUGAUUGUUUAAUUUAAUAAUAUCAUUGAUGCUACUUUCCCUUAAUAUAGAUUACCCAACUAUACAGUUAGAUAAUUUAUGGUGAGUUAAUGGUUGAAAAAAUCAGAUAGAGGAGAAAUCAUAGUUAUGUUAAGAGAGGAAUUUAGAUUAAAAAUGAUUGAAAGCAGAAAUAAAAAUAUUAAAUUCCAAGAAUUAAGAGACUAUGUUUAAUACUUAAUUGACAUUAGUACAAACUAAACAAAUAUACAUUAAUACGGAUAUUAUAAUUUUGAAUAUUGUGAAGAAUUAAAUAAAUUGGUUCAAUUGGCAGUAGAUUUGAGUCCUUUGUUGACAAUCGAUUAUAAAACUGAUGAAAAUAUGCUGAUCUAUAUAUUUGGUUAAUACAUCUACGAUUAUUACAUAUUUGAAUUGUUAUCCACUUUUAGAAUUGAAUAAUUCAAAUAAUAAAUAAGAGAGCAUUAGUAAUCAAGUCAAAAAAUGACUAAACUCGUAACUAAACAUCUUGAAGAUUUGUCACUCUCCAGUAAUAAUCUCUUUGAAAAUUAAAUAUAGGGAUUUAAUUAUCAUAUGUCUAUGUAAUAUAAUGUCUAAUUUAAAAUACGAUCCUUGUUCAAAUAAAUAUCUUAUUUAGAUGAAGAUAUUUGCUAAACUUCAGAGAAUAUUUAACCUGAGAGUUUAGAGAUAUCACAAAUAUCUUUUGCAUCUACUAAUUGUAGUUCAAUUUUGUCAAGCAUCAAAAAUAAUGAUUAGGCCUAUCAUUAUGUCAAAAAUUACUAAUAAGAACUUUUUCAUAAUAUUGAACUAUUUUAUCAAAAGGAACUUGCUAUUAGUCAAUAUAUACAGGAUGCUGAACCGAGAAAUACUUUUAUAUACGAUAUUCCUGAAUUAGGGUAGUAUCUUGAUUUGCAAUUUACAUAAAUAAUGGAUUUAUUUUAAAAUAAGUAGUAACGAUCAAUUGCAAAUCCGUAAUCUGAAAAACGAUUAACAAUGUCGAUUUUUAAUUAAUCAAUGAAUCAACAGUAAAUUUGCACUAAGGAACUCUCCUAAGCUGAAUAACUGUUGAUCAAUUUUCUUAAAUGA